AAUUAUAAAUGAGCCCCCAUUCUGCCAACUUGGAUCGUCACACGCAUUCAGACGAGUUAAUUAAAGCUGAAUAAUGGAGCCAACGCAGCAAAGCCACUGCUCGGCGCCUCCCGCACGAAAUUAUGACAUGUUUUCAAUCAAAUGUUAGGUGUGGCGCACAUCAACCAGUCGAGUGUGCGGAAUAAAUAUUUAUGAAGCGGUGGGGAUUAAAACUGCGCCAUCCGUGCGCCUCUGCACCGACGAGGCGGCCGCUGACGAUCCUGAACACCUCCAUAGGUGCCCCUGCAUGCGCCUGAGCAAAAACUAGAUUUAGCUUACUGGUCCGGCUUAUAUUAAAACUCUGUUUUUGAGUCAGAAAAACCCGAAAUGGUCGCCACCUGAAAGGUCGCCGCCUGUGAAGGGCACCAAUAUAUGUUGCUUUACCUCCAUCACAAAAUCUAAAAAGUUGGAUAUUCACUUUGAAAAGGUGCAUUAGAGAUGAGCGUGGAAGUGGAACAAAAGUUUUUAUUCGACUCCGACACCCUGAAAGCGAUAGAGGACAUCGGAGAUUGUGUCGGGCAGAAACGGUUUCACGAUCAGUAUUUUGACACCCCGGAUUUUCAACUGACUUUGAGAGACGUGUGGCUGCGCAGACGGAAACGAUCCUGGGAGCUCAAGUGUCCGAUAGAUCCGGUCAAAGGCUCGGCGGAGCCAGGACGAGAACAGUCUCUGUGUACUCGGUAUAAGGAGAUCACGAGUUUGCCUGAAAUUUACCAGAGAGUGAAGGAGGUGAUUAAAGACGCACGUGAGGACUGCGAUGCGGACGUUCCCCCCUCUGACGAAGACGACUCCUGGCUGAGCAAGUUGAAGCUGUGCUGCUUCGCAGAGUUUGCCACAACACGGAGGUCAUUUACUUUGAAAGGAGAGGAUGGGGUGAAGAUAGAUCUAGACCAAGCUGACUUUGGCUACCAUGUGGGGGAGAUAGAGGUCCUUGUUCCAGAGGGGGGAGACAUACAGUCUGCACAAGAAAAGAUCAGACACACCGCUCAAAGGCUGGGUCUGAACCAGGAGAGGCGAGUUGAAGGAAAAAUGACCGCGUACCUUAAAAGAUAUCGUCCAGAGCAAUAUGCAAUACUGCUGAGCGCGCACGUUUUGUAGAAAAGAUACUGCACACUACCACUGAUUCUAAUAGUUCCUCACUGUACUUAGUCACAGUUUACAGACCUCAUGUCGUCAUCGGAUAAGCAGAGGGAAUUGUAUCAAAAUGCAGUUUCCGGGUAAUUGUAAAAAUGCUCGAGAAUGAACCUGAUUCUCAGUGUCAUGAAACUGCAGUUGCUCCAGAUGAAUGUAUAUUAAUAUAAAUGUCAUUGCCAGUCACAGCACUAUGUGAACUAUUCAUUCUUCCAAAAAGGGUCAUCUAUUUUUGUCUGUCAAUUGGAGACGACACGCCCACUCUUAUGGACUGUUGACUGCAUCUUAAUGUAGAGCAGGCUAACUUCACUCCUGCAACAAUGCAAACAGUAUGCUGACAUUGCACAUUAUAUCUUAAAUAACUCAUUCUUAUGUCUUUAAUGCUGCGUUCAUGUUAUUGUCAUCCAACAGCCUGCUGUAUUAUAAUUCAUGUUGCUAUGGAGCCAAAAAACAAAGUUGAUCUGGUUAGCAUUACUAAAUUGCUGCUUCUUUUUUUCACAGUAAUCUCUACAAUUAUUUGCACCACUGGCAAAUUUAAGCCAAAAGAGCCUAAAAACAGCAAAGGGCUUUUAAGGACUUCUAAAAUAUCACAUUAUUAGUCAAAAGCAGGGGAUUUUCUUAAGUGUUCUUGAUGCCAUGAAGUAAUAAAGUUCUCUGAGCCGUUAGAAGAGAAAGCAUCACAGAUUUGCCAUUAUUGCUAACAACAAUACCAAACUUUAAAUAUGUUGCAAAUAUUCAUUCUUUCAUUCACGUCAGAUCCAUGUAGAGGGAUUGUUUUUGUUUUUUGACAAAUAGUCCUUUGGUGGUAUUUUCUGAUAUUUUACCUAAAUAAUCAGUUUGUAAGAAGAUCUCAACUUGUGGUCAUUAUGGAGAUGUUCCGCUUGUCUUAAACCUUUUAGAUAUCCCUUUGACUGUAUGUAUAAACGCAUUUAGAUGAGGAUCUGCCAUCUUAUCAAAAUUCAGAGACUUUUGAAGAUCAACCCUUAUCUCAAUCGCAUGUUUCUUUGUCAUUCCCAUUUUGAGGAGUGCAAGAAACAAACUUGUCCUCUGUGUGUUUGAACUUAUACACCAAAGAAACAAAGUUGAACUUGUAAUAUAAAUUACAUAAAGGCUGCAGUAACAAGUUUAUAAGAAUU